AUGCCUGCUCUCCAGGUUCUCUUACAGAAUCACAUGCUCGACCACUUAUAUGUGGAAGAAGUUAGCUUUGCCGAUGGCAAUAUUGAUCUCGCGCUCCUGAUGAAGCAACUUGCACACCGAUACCCGCGUAUGAAUAUUGCUGGAAUCGGAGCUGGAACAGGUGGCUUCUUUGAGCCAGCAGGGGCAAAAUUCAGCCAACAUGCUGGAAAAGCCUCAUUCAAGAUGCUGAACAUUGGAAAAGAUCCAACUGAGCAAGGAUACGAGCGCUGA